CGCACUAGGAAAACAGCUGUGACGAGCUCAAAGCUAGUUAGCAUCGUUUGUUUUUGUCGUGUGUGUCAGCGAUUUGAGCCGUUCCUUGAGCAAACCGCGAUCGUACAACCUAGGAGUGACCGACGUGUUGUCUGUCAUCUCUUUUAACGAUGAAGUUUCAGUACAAAGAAGAGCACCCUUUUGAGAAAAGGCGGUCCGAGGGCGAGAAAAUAAGGAAGAAGUAUCCGGACAGGGUACCAGUAAUUGUGGAGAAAGCCCCCAAAGCCAGGAUAGGAGAUCUGGACAAGAAGAAAUACCUUGUCCCCUCCGACCUGACAGUGGGCCAGUUUUACUUCCUCAUCCGGAAAAGAAUCCACUUGCGAGCUGAGGAUGCUCUCUUCUUCUUUGUAAACAAUGUCAUUCCACCCACCUCAGCUACCAUGGGACUGUUGUACCAGGAGCAUCAUGAAGAGGACUUUUUCCUCUACAUUGCCUACAGUGAUGAGAGUGUGUAUGGGAGCAGCCAAAGGGAAAUAUGAUCCCACUACCAUCCCCCUCCAACCACUACCCACCUUUCUGAGACCUCCACCAUUCAUUCAUUUAAAUAUUAAAACCAGCUCAGCAGCCUAGAGUUCCCAGAGUAAAUAUGUCAAAUGCACUUUCACCACCCAUACAUUACCCCUCUCCCAUCCAUUUAUGUCUUUAUUAUUCUGCAGUCUGAAUUGUAUUUGCCUCCACUUAGCUUUUCACUAGCGACUUGGGUUAAGUGGUCUCAUGGCCAGUUAUUUUUCUAGUGUCAUAAUUGAUCAUACUUUACUGAGAACACUGCGAAAGAAUAACGAAAUAAUGUUAGAACUAGGCCUUAAUUAUAGUUACCCCAGGUUUAAGGGAAGAAAGGCAUAGUAUGUGAGUUCAAAGCCGCUCUUACUGACAAUGAAGAUAGUUAUUGAUUGUCCACUUUUGUUGGCUUGCAGAAGUGUGUUUUGUGUUCAGGGUAGGAAUUUAAAAGCAUCUAGCAGUUUAAGACAGGUUAUUUUGUUUCUGACAGAGUAAAGGAUAACUGUUUUGCAGCAGUUCUUUUCCUAGAAAAAACUGAAAUGGCUAGGUAAUUAUUAUUAUUUUAAAUUCACCAGGCACUGAAGUCUUGAGAAUGAGAAUUUAGUGUGCUGCCCUGCAUCAGACCUUAGCAAGGAGUAUAAUAUAAUUCAGACUAAACAAUCAUCCUCUGCUUUCAGUGGUAAGACUAUUAUGUUGACUGCUACUAUGAUUAUUGUUAUUAUUGUUAAUUUUAGAUGGCUUAAUUUCUAAAGGUAUUGUAAAGCUGAGUGCAAUUUUCUCUUUUUGUAAGUUUGUCUCCUUUUUUUAAAAACAAAAAGUAAGAUUUGAACUCUGUAUACAGCUGCAUAACUGGCUCUUUCUCUCCACUCGUGACCAUACAUGAUAAAAUGUGAUGAAAAGCUA